UGAUAGAGUGUAACAAAAUCGCGGGUGUACGCAGACCGGUGCGUGGUCGUUUGUGUUCGGAACAGGUUUGUGUCGUCGAGUCGCCGACAGUCGCACCGGAGUGAUGAUGUGUUCACCUCGCCGCGGUCCGAAUGGCAUCUGUCACCUCUUUAUGUCGUCACAAAUACACCUAAUGAUCGAUGGAUGGCUACACCGCUAAUCGAUACUUCAAUGUGUCAGCGGCGCAGCACAUGCAGGUGAGCGGGUCGGGGGGCGGCGGACAUGUGUCGGUAGCGGCCCAGCAGGGCAUGUACGCCAGUUUCCAGCACCAGGGCACGCCUUCUCCUCAGCAUCACCAAGGGACCGGAUGUGACACAUAUUCCGUAUCGCAGUCGCAGAGCAUCAACUUCUCGCAGGCGAUGCGGGCGCGGCCCGCCGGCGCGCCGCAGCAGCAAGCGGCCGCCGCGCCGGGACAGCCACCGCUGGGAGUGGCAGCUGCAGGCAUAUCGCGCGAGCAGCAAGCAAAGAUGCUGCAGCAACAACAGCAACAGAUGCUGCGCGCACAGCAGCAACACUUGCGCCCGCCGCCGCCAGAGUACAAGGCGCGCUUCGUGGGCGCUUCGCCCGUACCCGGCGUGGGGAACGUGGGGGGCAUGGGCCCCGGCGUCACAGCAAGGCGACCCCCCGCCGCGCAGCCACGGCCUUUCCCGCAACACGCCCGGCAAUACUCACCGGAGUGGCGCCAUGUUCUCAUGCAGCAACAAGCUGCUUCUAGGCAGCAGUUCCCACAUCAUCAUCAAGGUUUUGGCAUGACCACAAUGGGCGGAGGCAUGACACAGCAACAACAACAGCAAAUGCAGUUGCAGCAAGUGCGACUUCAGCAACAGCAUUUAAUGCAGCAUCAACAACAAAGGUCAUCGAAUCAACAGACACCAAUGUCACACCUAAUUAUGCAGCAAAAUCAAAUGAUGAGUGUACAAGGACAAAUACCGAAUAUUCACAUGAGUCAAUCACAAAGCAUGUCAAUGCAGCCGGGUGGCAUGGGUGGCAUGGCCUCUCACCAAGGCAGCCCCAUGCAGAACACUUCCAUGCAAGGCCAGACCGGUCCCAUACAUGCCCAAAACAGUUCCAUGCAAAAUUCCAUGAUGUCGCAAAAUGGGCCCAUGCAGACACAGAACAGUAAUGGGUCGCAACACUCGUUCCCGUCACUCCAUAAUCCGUCUUCCUUCGCGGGACAAACUGCAGACUUUAACCUGGACUUCCUCGACAACAUGCCUUCCACGGACGCUAGCAACCUCACCGCGCAGGAGCUACUCAACUCCUUAGAUAAUUCAUUUUUGAAUGACAUUCUUUAAAGUAGUCAUAAAUUUAACUUACCAGAUGCGAAUUUCUAAUAACUAUUUGUGCUUGUUAAUUGACCUGUCGUGUAGUCAAUUAUACUUCUACGUGGGCAAAGGGUUGAAAUUUGAAUUUUCAACUGAAACAAACUUAUGACCAAUGUAAAAUAACUAUGACCAAAGUUUUCAAACAGAAUUUAACAGGGCCAGUUUUUGGCUAGCGGCAUAAUUAUAAUUAUAUGCGUUAGUUACGGAAUCCUUUUGAAGUCUCUUAAUGUUUUGGACCACAUUGUUUGUAGACUGUUUAUUGUCAAAAUAUCCAUUUCGUAGUGUUUAUAGUUUUUACUACUGUUAAUUAUUCUUUGUAAAUAUUUUAAUAUUUUUUUGUAAUAUGGUAGGAUCAGUUAGAGUGAAAUAUCGAGUCUCGAGGAUAUCCAUAAAGCUGACAUUCUAUUUUCUUCUAUUAUAACGUAAUUUUUAAUUUAGCUGAAAGUAGGCUAAAGUAUAUUUAUUGCAGAUUAUAUUGUAGCUAAUAUGAUGUAAUUGAAGAGAAGCACAAAAGACAUUUCAUAUUUUUAUUUACUCGUUAGUAAAUUUAUUUAUGCAAACAUUCAAAUUGGGGCAAUAUGUUUUCGCAUUUGUACAGUAUUGAUUUUUGGUGUAGUAACUUAUUUAUUAUCUUUACAUACGUCAAUCAUCGCAUGUUUUUCACGCAGAUUUAUUAUUUUUAUGUAAUCCGUAUAAUCUAGUGGUUAACCGCAUUAGUGUUUGGUGCAUAACUCGACUGCUGAUAGCCAAUGCGCAUACAAUAUGAUCUUGUAUGUAUUUCGACAUAAAAAAAACAAUGUUAUCGAGAGGUGGACUUCGAACUAAGUGGCUGAAUAGAAUCGUAUUUCUCUAAUCUGACCAGGGACAUGACUAUAAUGUUGUGGGUCGGGACAAAUUUAUUCGGAUGGACCCUUUUUAUGUGAUGGAAAUCCAGUUAACAGAUAUCUUCCCAGUGCCUGGACACGAGCGGGGGGAAGGAAGGUGGUUACAUUAUUAUAGCUGAGUGAUCCGACACAUGAAUGAAUAAACAUCCGUCACCGUUUAGAAUCUGUAUGUCAUAGAAAGUCGCUGUCACCCUGGGUCAUCAUUGGUUUAUGCCAUUUUUCUCGUCCUACCACCUUAUUGUUAUGCCACUGAAUCUGACGAUGUCAAUACUGCAUAACAAUCGUAUUGAAAUCUCCACGCCUACCUGCCUAUAUUCUUAUAUAUCAAUACAAGAAAGAAGAAAAUUUGUACCUCUUUUUAAGCACUACGCGAAUAGGAGUGGGAGAUUUACCCCCUUAUUCAUAGACGUUUUUUAUCGAACGACCAAGUAAAGCUGUGAUAACAAGUCUGUUUCUCAAUGUUGACGGCAUGGCAGUCUUCUCAGUGCGUAGACAUAUGGCCGUUGUGAUUGGCUAAUAUUGAGAUACAACAAUAAUAGCCAAUCACAACGGCCCUAUGUCUAUUUCUCAGUGCCGUUGGGCACUGAGAAACAAGCUUGUUAUCACAGCUUUACUUCGUCCUUAGAUAAAAAACGUUUAUGAAUAAGGGGGUUAGUGAUUAAAGUUCAUAUAGAGGAGUAUGGAAAAAUAAAAUUUAUAAAAAUGACGCGUAAUCAAAUAUAUUAAAUUCGACGGUCGAACCUCAAACCACUCAUCUACUUCCUAAAGCGGUCGAGUUAUGUGUCGAUACACGUGGAAUAACGUAAACUGGAUUGAUCUUUAUGAUCCGUUGCAAGUUAUUUUCAACAGAACCAAAUAGUGUUGCAGGCGAGGUUAAAUGUCGGCCCAGUCAGCUCUUUCAGUGAGAGAGAUGUUUGGUGUAAGAAAGUUUAUUAGUGUAGAUGUAGUAUGGGAGCUACGAGUGACGCUGGUAUCCGCCUGGGAAUAAUCCGAUCUUUUUUAUUUUAUUGUAGUUCAACUGUGUUUUAAGUAGGGAUAUAUUGAAAUCAUUCCUGUACCUAAGAUAAAUAGUAGAUUAUACUGUGAUGUUGGUCUCAAUGGUCAAUAGGUAAUAUAGCAUCAAUUAUAUUAUUAUAAAUAGAUUGUCGUUAUUGUUAAGGAUCUCAUUGUAUCAUUUUAGUUUGAGGGAUUCUGGAGUAAAUAGGCUGUUGGUUUCAUUUUAGUAUGUUUUUUACGAAUAUGUGAUGUUAAUUUCAUUUGAGGAACACGUUUUUGACUUAUGUAUUUUAGGUAUCGACCUAUAUAUUUCCAUAUACACAAAUUCGUACAUAGUUCUUAAAUUUGUAAAUAAUUUACAGAAUAGUUGUUAAACAACUUUAAGGUGUUCUGGAUAAUUUUAUUGUACUAAUAUGUAGUGAAUCCGAUGUGAACAUAAUGUAAUAUGUUUGUUUAUACUUUACGAAAAGUUUUGCUCUCUUGUAUGACACCUAAACAAUUAUUGUAAAUGAUAGGAACAUUCCAGAACCAUUGUUAACAAUGUUUUAACUUUAGGACCAAUUUUUGAAUGUUCUUUUGAAAAUAAUAUUGCAUAUUAAACAUGGAGUUUAAUUUC